CAGGUUUCAGAGUAGCAGCCCUGUUAGUCACAAGUACUCCUGUUUUUUUUAACAAGACAGAAAAGCUUAGGAAGAGACCUAGCAAAGAGGAGGUGGGGGAGUUUCUGCUCUCAGAGAGAAAUAAGGAGUAGAGUAUUAGGGAAGACUUGUGAAGGACUGAAGUGGUUUAAGGUUGUAUUUUUGUUUGGGAAUUUGUUGGAGAAUUCCAGGAGAGAAUCCUGCUAGCUAGUCAUGGCCCUGAGGGAGGGCUGAAGUCUGAAACCUCUGAAAGCCUGACUGAAAUACAGAGGAGAGGGAGGACCUUGCUUCCCCUACUAGCUACCAAGGAAUAUGGGAUGAAAACAAAAUGUGAUCUGACUGGAGGGCUGAGUUAUGAGAAGAGGCAGACCACCGGAGUGACUCUUGCCAGGAGGCAAUGGAGGAAGGAGACUGCAAUACCACACCUGCCCAUGAGGAGACAGCUGCGCUCUGUGAGAGUCCGAACAGCAAGGAGAUGAAGAAUGUUCAUGUCGGCUAUCUUUAUUUCCUUCUUCCAGAAUUCAAGCUGAUGGGUUGAACUUCCAUGCAGGUGAAUGGAACGUGCUGCAGUAGAUGGAGAGAACGUGAUGUCUCAAUAGACUGGGAGACACAGAAGGCUGAAACCAUUUGUCUGCAUUAAAACUGUGCGGCUUCCCUGCCAGAGACUCUCAGUGUUACAUUCCUAUAUUCCAGUAGAAAAGCUACUAUCAGAUCACAGCUUCCCCAGCCGAAAGCCUGCGGCACCGAGGACGUUGUGGUGUGUACAAUAAUAGCAGACAAUGUAACAGAGCUUGAUGUUACUCAGUAUAAAAGAUGACAAGCUGCAGGGGUGGAGAUAAAUACUUCAAUCACUUACCAAAAGCAAACCUCUGAGAUGUCUCCUCAUUAAAUCAGAUGAAGCCACCUUGGAAACGUGGGCCUGUAAAAGGAACCAAUAUAGCAUGAGUACUGCUGCGUGAUUUACCAUGGAAAAAUUGCUCUGCAGCAUCCUGGUGUUUGGAAUGGCAGUUGCGGUCAAUGCUUGUCCCAAAUACUGUGUGUGUCAGAACCUGUCGGAGUCGCUGGGGACUCUGUGUCCCUCCAAGGGCCUCCUUUUUGUACCAUUAGACAUAGACCGAAGGACUGUUGAACUCCGACUCGGGGGUAACUUCAUUAUUAACAUCAGCCGACAGGACUUUGCCAACAUGUCUGGCCUUGUUGACCUCACUUUGUCCAGGAAUACCAUCAGUUACAUUCAGCCCUACUCCUUUGCUGAUCUAGAAAGCCUUCGGUCUUUGCAUUUGGACAGCAAUAGGCUGCCCAACAUUGGAGAGGAUAUUUUGAGAGGCUUAAUUAACCUUCAGCACUUGAUAAUAAAUAACAACCAGCUGAGCAGCAUCUCGGACGAAGCCUUUGAGGAUUUUCUGGUGACAUUGGAAGACUUGGAUCUUUCCUACAAUAACCUCCAAGGCAUCCCCUGGGAAUCUAUAAGGAAGAUGGUAAACCUGCACCAGAUUAGCUUGGAUCAUAACCUGAUAGAUUAUAUUACAGAGGGGACGUUUGCAGAUCUUCAGAAAUUGGCCAGACUGGAUCUAACCUCUAACAGACUUCAAAAGCUCCCCCCAGAUCCCAUAUUUGCCAGGUCCCAAAUAUCUCCAUUAGAAGCAACUCCAUUUUCUCCACCUCUGUCUCUUAGCUUUGGAGGCAACCCGCUGCAUUGUAACUGUGAGCUGCUGUGGUUAAGGCGGCUUGAAAGAGAUGAUGAUAUGGAAACUUGUGCUUCCCCUCCAAAUCUAAAGGGAAGAUACUUUUGGUAUGUACGGGAAGAGGAAUUUGUUUGUGAGCCACCUCUCAUUACCCAGCAUACCCACAAGUUGCUGGUUUUAGAAGGGCAAACUGCCACAUUAAAAUGUAAAGCCAUCGGGGACCCAUCCCCAGUCAUUCACUGGGUGGCUCCAGAUGACCGACUCAUUGGGAAUUCUUCGAGGACAGCAGUCUACGAUAAUGGUACUUUAGAUAUCGUUAUCACGACAUCCAAGGAUUAUGGAACUUUUACGUGCAUCGCAGCCAAUGCUGCUGGAGAAUCGACCGCAACCAUUGAGCUCUCGAUCGUGCAGCUUCCACACCUCAGCAACGGUACGGGCCGAGCUGCCCCACCCAAAUCCAGGCUUUCUGACAUCACUAGCUCCAGCAAGUCCAAUCGAGGGGAGACGAAAGGACCACCAGAAAGGACUGUCUUGGUGUCAGAGGUGACAACUACCUCAGCUUUGGUCAAGUGGACGGUGAGCAAGUCAGCCCCCAGGGUUAAAAUGUAUCAGCUGCAAUAUAACUGCUCGGAUGAUGAAGUUCUAAUUUACAGGAUGAUCCCUGCUACAAACAAAGCCUUUGUGGUGAACAACCUUGUAUCUGGAACGGGCUAUGACCUUUGUGUGUUGGCCAUGUGGGAUGACACUGCCACAACACUCACAGCCACCAACGUCGUGGGGUGUGCCCAGUUCUUCACCAAAGAGGACUAUCCUCAGUGCCAAUCCAUGCACAGCCACUUCCUGGGUGGGACAAUGAUCUUAGUCAUUGGAGGCAUCAUUGUGGUGACUCUACUGGUGUUCAUCGUCAUACUUAUGGUCCGGUAUAAAGUUUGUAACAAUUCCCAGGGGAAGAUGGCCAAUGUCAGCAAUGUCUACUCACAGACUAAUGGAGCUCAACCCGUUCAAAACGGGGUCCUGCCCCAAGUCAACCCCAAAGUGGUGGUAAGAAAUGAACUCAUGGAGUUUAACUGUGAAUCUGUACAGAGCAGCAUCUCCUCCUCUUCUAGUUCAGUGAAUAGCCGCGACUGUGAUGAUUAUAGCCUCCAAAGUGAACAAGGCACAUUGUCCAGUAAGUGGAGGCCUCCUUCUAGGUCAAAACAUAACAUUGAUCGGCUAAUGGGAGCUUUUGCCUCCCUGGAACUGAAAUGUCAGAAAAAGGAGGACACGGUAGACUCCAGAACUUCCACAGUGGCCCGCCACUCGGACAAAGAGCCGCUUCUGGGCCAACAGGAGUCAAAAUUCCGUAGUCUCCUCAUGUUACCACUGGAGGGGAAAACGAAACGUAGCCAUUCUUUUGACAUGGGGGACUUUGCCACAUCUCAAUGUUGCACCUACCCAAAAAAGAUAACGAACAUUUGGACAAAGCGCAGCCUCUCGGUGAACGGCAUGCUCUUGCAGUAUGAUGACAAUGACUUAGCAGGGGCGAAAGGGACUUAUGGGAGUUCAGAAUGGGUAAUGGAAAGCACAGUGUAAAUAACAGCUUCUCCCGCCUCGCUUCUCCCUAAUUACAUCAAAUGUAAUAGAAUCUGGUUUUGUUGAAAAGCCAUGGAAAUGAAAAGGGGGGGAGGAAACAUGCUCAACCACACUGGAGAAAAGAAAAGAGAGAGAGAGAGGUAAAUAAAAAAAAUAAGAUGAUAAAAGAGGAAAAAGGUAAUGAAAUGCUAAUAAGCAUGUGUGGCCCCAUUAAGGUCCGGUCCCAACAAAACUGAGUGAGAACAUUUCAAGGAAUUUACCAGUCGUAUUUAGCGUUGCUUUCCAAAAGUCGCCUGGCCUCCCAGUGACCCGACAAACAAGCUUAAACAUGGAUUAAAGUGGGUUUAGCAGCACAUAUUUAAUUCAAAGGGUUUGGGGUUUUUUUCCUUCCCUUUUUGGUAACCUGUGAAAUACACUCCCAUGGAUAGAAGACUGAUGCAAGUAUGUCACUGGCUGUAAUUGCGCAUGUCAUCACAGAACUACACUAAGGGCAUCUAUGGGGACAGAACAGAUCAGUUUUUCAGCUGAAUCUCUUGGUGUUAUCAAAAGCAUAUGGAGAUUUCUCCCCCGCUCCCCAUUGUUGGGCUGAGGGGUUUUUUGGUUGGGGUGGUUUUUUGCGGGAAAAAGGGAUGUUUCUUUUUUCCUUUUUGUUUUUAUUCUCUCAUCAAAUCCCUGUGAUGAAACCAAGGAUAUGUACAAAGAUUAAACUCUUGAUGUGUACUGUAUAACCCGCCUUCAACACCACCCUUUAUGUCCUAGGAAAAUGAAAUCUAGGGGGCUAAUAAAUUUUAAAAAUAAUCAUCUUUCUUCCAUCUCCUUCAUGGUCACUGCUUGUCAAGGCAGAUUGCAACAGCUAUUCAUAUCAGUGGGGGGGUUGCUAUCCCAGAGGGAGGAAAAAAUUCAAGAUUUCAUAUAAAAGGCAAGAGAGAGGUGAAAACAAAAGCUGCUCUGGUGAACUCUACACAUUAUUAAUACAAAUUGCUUCUGGCCAAGGUUAUUCUGUCACUAUGUUCGACUGAUAAAGAAAAUGCAGACUUUAGCUCGUUUGCAACCAGAAAGCUCUUUGUCCAGUCAGUCGCCACAACAGGGCGUGUCUGUAUCAGUAGCAUUGCAGGAAGUGCAGGUCUCUGAGCAUUUAAGGGGAUUGUAAGUGUAAUGGGGAUGUUCCUAUUUAGCCACGGAAAACAAGUUAGAAUUGGAUGUCUCAGAAUAGAUGGUCUCCCAAGUGUCACCUGCAUCAUGCCCCUUCACCUAUUCCCAGACCUCUGUCCCAUCCCUUGCAAAGGUACUUGCUACCUGAGACCAGUGGUUCUUCUUUAUGGCUUGUAAACUGAUUUUCAAGUUCCUUUUGGGGAAGCAUUGCUGCGGUUCUGGGAAUGCUGUGGGUGCACGUGGUCCAUCCACCUGGCUCCAUUGUCCAUAGUGACUUUAAUGUGAUUUCCAAUAUUUUGGUGGC